AUGGGCUGUAGUUAUGAGCAUCUUACCAUGAUCUUCAUCAUCACCCUCUUGAUUCUUCUAUCCUCACAAAGAACCCACAUUUUGACCCUUGGUGGUUCUCCAUUCAAUGCAGCUGGAACCUUCCACGUUCAUGGCCUACCAGAGAUGUAUAUCAUGGAGAAGAAUGAACAACAAAAUGAUAACCAGAUUAAGAAAAUCUCAGGACUUGAUGAGAAUGAAGAGAAACAAGCUUUCAUAGUGGAAAAGUUUAGAUCUUUACUUGGACUCGAGAGUUUCCACACAAGGGUACCAUCCAAUGGCCAUGCUGAGUUUCUCUCUCCCUCACCUUCUCCAUCACCCAACAUCGAAGCUGAGGCUCCAACUCCUUCUCCUUCUCCGGUUCCACACGUGCACCCUCAUCUUCAUCAUCCAAUACAUCACCCUCCUAAGAAUCCACCACUCAACCAAACUCAUCAUGAAGAUAGAGGCAGGGCUAAAAGAAUACUAAUAGCUGUUCUUGUAUCCGCGGGAAUUGCCACAUUAAUUGGUGCUUGUGGGUUAAUCUUGGUCUGCAGGAAAUUCACAAACCACACAAAGAAGCCCAAAAGGACAAUGCCACUAUGUAGCAAGAGCAAAGGAAGUGGAGACACUUACCAAAAUUCAUCAAGCAAGGUGAGUUUAAACUCAGGACUAGAUCUGUUUUAUCUUAAUGUUUUAGGUGAGGACAUAGAGCAACACGCUUGCACCUUGAAAAAGACUUGCAAGGAUGGUUCAGAGUAUGACAACUUUAGCAGUUCUUCCACGAAGGAAAUUGUAUCUGUUCAUGAAGAUGUGGAAUCAGCGAAAGGUGAAGCUGAAUCUGGUAAUGGCAACCCUUCUUCUGGGGAUAAAACUAUCCCUGAAGAUUGUCAUUCAUCAGAUGAUGAAAGUUUUCAUUCCGUUGUUGAAGAUUCACAAUCAAAUAUAAGACUUUCCAAUGCUUCAGCUGGUAGCCUUAGUGACACCCUUUCUUUGUCCCCACAAAAUUCAAGUUCCUUAGCAAACCAAUUUCCUUGUACUCCCCAAAACUCAAUCUCAAAUACACAGUCUCAGCAAACACCACAUAGUCCAAAACAAUAUGAGCAAGAAAUUGAGUCGUCUUUCCAAUGUUCAAAAGCCUCUACUUCUUUCCCUCCCCCUCCUCCACCCCUUCCACCCCCACCUCCACCGCCAUUGCAAAUGCCACUUUUUUCUUUGCAUUCUCUCACUUCUUCAUCUAGAGUUUCCUCUCACUCUCCACUCUCUUUAACAUCUAAUAAUUUAUCAUCUCCGGUAAAUUCAGACACUUUCUCAGGCUUAAAUCAAAGUCCAGAGAAAGAGUUGGUUUCCCCAGCUGAACCUUACCCUACAAAAUCUCCUUCCAACAUUCCCCCACCACCAUACCCACCUCCAUUUCUAAAAGGUAAUAACAACAGUGCCAAAACCCCACCUCCUCCACCAUCUCAACUCCCUCAAUUUACCCCACUAGGUAAAGAUGGUGCACCAUUGCCCAAACUCAAACCACUUCACUGGGACAAAGUAAGAGCUGCUCCCAAUCGUACAAUGGUUUGGGAUAAGCUACGAUCAAGCUCAUUCGAGUUGGAUGAGGAAAUGAUCGAGUCACUUUUUGGCUACAAUUUACAAAAUUCAAUUAAGAAUGACGAAACAAGGAGUAAAACCCCGUCUCCAAGCAAGCAUGUGCUUGAGCCAAAACGGCUGCAGAACAUAACAAUACUCUCAAAGGCCCUGAAUGCGACAUCUGAGCAUGUAUGCGAGGCCUUAAUGCAAGGGAAGGGGUUGUCUUUGCAACAACUGGAGGCACUAGUUAAAAUGGUACCCACCAAAGAAGAAGAGUCCAAGCUCUCCAAUUAUAAAGGCGACAUCAAUGAAUUGGGGUCCGCCGAAAGGUUUGUGAGGGCAAUGCUCAACGUUCCAUUUGCGUUUCAACGGGUGGAAGGCAUGCUUUUCAGAGAAACCUUUGAUGAUGAAGUUGUUCACCUCAGAAACUCAUUUUCAAUGCUUGAGGAGGCAUGCAAGGAACUAAAAUCGAGCAGGCUCUUCUUGAAGUUAUUAGAAGCAGUGCUCAAAACAGGGAACCGAAUGAAUGUUGGAACAAUAAGAGGAGGUGCUAGAGCUUUUAAGCUAGAUGCUCUUCUAAAACUUGCAGAUGUUAAGGGAACUGAUGGUAAAACUACGUUGCUUCAUUUUGUUGUUCAAGAGAUUGUUCGUUCAGAAGGAAUAAGAGUUUCAGAUAGCAUUAUGGGAAAAAUAAGCCAGAAAAGUAAGAACAGAACUGAGGAAGAAAAGGAAGAAGAUUACAAAAGGAUGGGAUUAGAACUGGUUUCUGGUCUUAGCACUGAGUUAUACAAUGUGAAAAAGACAGCUACUAUUGACUUGGAUGUUCUUGCAAGCUCUGUGUCAAACCUUUCAGAAGGAAUGGCUAAGCUGCAACAUCUAUUGGACAAGGAGUUGCAUAAGGAUGAAAGAAGCAUCAACUUUGUACACUCUUUGAAGUCAUUCUUGAACUAUGCAGAUGGGAACCUGAGGGAGUUGCAAGGAGAUGAAGAGAGAGUGUUGGCACGUGUGAAAGAGAUUACUGAGUAUUUUCAUGGGGAUGUGAGCAAGGAAGAUGCAAAUCCACUUAGGAUCUUUGUGAUUGUGAGAGAUUUUCUGGGCAUGUUAGAUAAUGUGUGUAAAGAACUUAGAAGGUCUAAAACUCCUCGUAGCCCAAACCCACUUGCUCCUUUCAGAUAG